AGGCGAUCGGUGAACAGACUCGAAGCUCGUCAGUGUUUAGUGUUUCACCGAAAUUUUUCGGAAUUUCCGGACGCGAGAUCGGUUCGAAGGAUCUCGGUCCUCGUUGAAACUCGUUUCGAAGGAUACGGGAGAUAAUCAGGCGUGAUAACGUUCCUCGAUCGAGGAACGCGUGCUCGUUCGAAAAGCGGAACGGAAGAAAAGUAGGAGAAGGCAGAUCGGUUCUCCCUCUUCCGGUAAACGGAGCACGGAAGCUUGCCGAGAGGGUGAAGGAAGUCGAGUAAGCGGGUGGCUGAGUGGGAGGAACUCUCUGAAGGCAAAAGUAGCAUAGAGAUCUUGGAAACCGGGGCUGUUCCAGAAGCAUCCUCCAAGCUAACCUUCAUUUUUAUCGAAGAGUCCGCGUAACGUCACCAUUAAAAUUCCUUGCCAGUGUUCCAACGGAGAGUCAAAGAGGGGUGAGAGGAGCCAGUUGGAGGACGGACCACAAGUCUGCACACCUAUUCGUCCUAUCUCUCUCUCUCUCUCUCUGGUUGUUCUCCCUCCAAAGUUUCGUCCAGCUGCUGGCACGUCGGUGUUGCCCGCAAAAAGGACAGGCGUGCGUCCACCGGGAGAGAAAGAGGUUGGUCGCGACAUCGGUAGGGUAAAGAAGGUUCGCGAUAUACCCUCCGUGGCUGGAAUUCUUCCUUCUUUCUCGGACAUCGCCGCUCCCUGGAUUCUUCGUGUGUGUUCCUUGAGGGCAGAGGUAGGGGAAGCAGGAUGGAAGGAGAGUAGGGACGCGAAAUCGAGGAAUACGCGAGUUCGUGCUCGCGUGUACGAAGCGAGGCGAGGCGACGCGUCGCGACGAGCAUCCUGGGGAUCAAGGGUUCGCGUAUGUGUGCGUCGCACGAGGGUGGGGAUCCGAAGAAGGUAGGAGGACGAGUCGGGAGGACGAAGGCAGCGCUAUCGAGUGGCGGUACCAGGAAGCAACCGCCGUCGUUCGUCGUCACCGGCGUCCCCGAGAGAGAGAGAAGAGUCCGCCGCCGACAGAGUAUCCGAGAUAUCGCUGCUCUCGCGCGAGAUACAUAUGGACCCAAAGUGGCCAAAGUGAGUUUCACGCAACGAUAUCCGGUUCUGCGGUUCGCGUUCCGUCGCCGUCGAGACCACCACGAGAUCCUGGUUGCUUGCAAUCUCGACGGCAGCUACCCUUUAAUCACGACAGCUAGCCAGGGUUGCGCGAACGAAUCUGAUCGGUUUCAACGAACGAUUUACGCGCGUCUCGCGUGUGUCACGACUGGGAUUUUUCUAAAGGAACGAACUGCAAACUCGCGAGUGAACGACCGUCAGACGAAUUCCGGAAGCUGCGCUACCGUUUGCCAAUUAACGAUUCAGCAAACACCACGGACGGAUAUCGGGAGCAGAGGAGAAAGAACGGCAAUCGGGUAUUGAACAGGUGCCGGAGUACAAAGGGUACGAUCAUAGAGGAGAAGGCAACGCGACAGUGUCGUCGGCGGAGCAGGCGUCAAAAGUGUCGGAGGUCAACAGGAAGCUAUUCUCGCAAUCGAGCGAGAACAAUCAUCGGGAGGAGAACAGCUGGUGGGCGGCGGAGGCGGGCGUAGGUCAAGAGAUAAGGGAGCGUGAUAAGGGCGCAGCGGUGGCGGGUGAGCUGGCUUGCCUCGCGGAUUACAUGGCGGGGUACUUGAAGGCGGCGGGCGCCACUUGCGCCCCGACCGGAAGUCCUCAGUACCAUCCCCACAGUCAUCCGGCGAUGGGUGUUGGUACUCACCCCCAUCCACAUUCUCACCCGCACCCGGGGGCACCUCACCCUGGGCUACCAUCACCCUUCGCCCUCGCUACUCACGGUCAUCCGCAUCCCCAUCCACUGGAGCACGGACUCGCGGCUUUUCCGCAAGGAAUGAAUCAGCGCAAACAGCGCCGCGAGAGGACAACGUUUACCAGAGCGCAAUUGGACGUUCUCGAGGGACUUUUCACGAAAACGAGGUAUCCCGAUAUCUUUAUGCGAGAGGAGGUCGCAUUGAAGAUUAAUCUGCCCGAAUCACGAGUUCAGGUAUGGUUCAAGAACCGUCGAGCAAAGUGCAGACAACAACUGCAACAACAGCAGCAGCAGCAACAGCAACAACAGCAAACCUCGCCGUCGAAAGGGUCGCCGAGAUCGAGUCAGGCGCAAAGCAACGGGAACAACGGAAGCAAAAUGUCGACCAGCACGUCCGCGACGCCCAGCAGACGUUCAUCGCCGGUUUCUCCACCGCGUGGCAAAGAAGCACCGGGCCCCAAUUCGCCUCUGCUGUCGACAACGUCAACGUACCCGCGUCUCGGAGUGACGCCGACCGGCGGAAGCGGCGCGAACAGCGCCCUUACAACCCCGUCGCCGCCGUUGACCCCAGGUUCCAGCCAGCUACCGCCGUCCUCUUAUCCGCCCCCCAUGAACCAGAUUCAUCACGGCGAGUAUGGUUUCGCUUGGAGUUCAGCGUCGCCCGGCUCGGUGAACCCGAGCCAAUGUUACGCCGGGCAGACCUACAACGCCUACCAGAACCCGUACACCAACGGCGAUUAUUAUCAGACCCAGAUCUCGCACAUGCACCACAGCCCCCAAGGGAACUACCAUCACCCGCAGUAUCAUCACAACAUGACGCUAACCUCCUCGAUGUCACACCUGACCAGCCAUCAUCUGAAUCCAACAGGUACGAACGAUAUGGCCACAUCCCCGUCCGACUCGGACGGCUACAUAUUGCCCGAUCAAAAGUACCAAACGAUGGUAUAGCGGUCCACCAGGUCCUCCGGGAUCUUUCAGCGUGGCCAGGAGAGCACAACCGCGGCCGGAUCCUCCGCGGCUUACAACUGGCGUUUGUCCUCCGCGCCAUCGUGCCCCGAGAUCAGCGGUAGCAUCGAUUCCGACGAUAAUUGAGUUGGCAUACAAACUCGGACGAUUUUCGGAUCGGUUCGACGAGAAAUUUUUUAGUGAACUGUGCAAGGAUUCGAGAUUCUCUGAGACGAAACAGCGAAUCGUGUGGCGUUCGAUUCCGCCAUUGAUCGUAGACAUUGCUCUUUUGCGCGGUAACGAUGGAUGUAAUCGAUGGUAACCGAUUAUUUCUUAUGGAUAACGUGCAACGCAUCGUUCGAUGAAAUGUUCGCGAUUUCAAGUUUCGUACGGUGAACAUAGGUGAUCAAUUCCCGGUGAAACAUUCAAAUCGAGAACUAUUUUAUGUCGCAGGAUAGGCGGUUCGAGAACGCGUCGUAAAUAAAGAGCGUUUAGAGGAUUAAUAAACAGUUUCUUCUUUGUUCACGGCACGUUGCUCGUUCGUCUUGAUCGCCUCCACGCGAUGCAUUCACGCUCGAUCUGAAAACACGUAAAUACGAAGGGAAACAUUUAGUAAGCAUUUUCAAUUGAAAAAAAAAAAAUAAAAAUUAAAAAACAUUUCGCAUUUCACGACUAGUUUCGGGUCAUUCGUCGACGAACGAUUUGAUCCGAGUACUAUUAUUUAGCGAAAAAUUCCUUUCCUUUUGCUUUCUUUUAGAAUUGACGCGCGACAAUGCUUUCCCGUAUUUCUGUUUUCUUUUCACUCUUCCCUUCCAUUCGAUUCGCAAUUAUUUCGCGAUCACUCCGCGAAAAGGGUCCGGUGAUAGGUGACGUCGCGCCGCGAUCGAUCACGAAACAGUCACCACCGUGACCGACUUCCUGUCUCACAGAUAUCGCUUCGAUCGAACCUAAAAGACAAUCGAAAAAGAAAAGAAAAAAGGUGUAGGUAUUCGACAAGCGUAGUCGUUCAAACGACCAUAUAUAACCCGUCCAACGAAACGAGUCGGUAAACGCACGCAAAUUCGCGUGCCCGAUGCAAGGCCGGCACACAAUUAUUUUCAGUUCUUCAAACGCUUCGUUCAACGUCUAUUUAUCGUGAGUUGAUCCUGCGUCGAGCACGCGAAUUUAAAUGCAUUCAUUAAUUCGUCUCGUCGGACGGACUAUAGUAUCAACUGCAAGGGUGCAUUGUUUCUUUCUUCUUUCUCAUAUUUUCUUGGUCGUCGGUGGUCAACAAAUUUUAGUUUCUGAAAAAUGAAGAGACUCGUCGAUGAUACAAAGCUUGAUCGUACAAUUUUAUCCACGAGAAUCCGCGAGUAAUUAUCCGUUUUACGACGUUUCAAUUUAAUUUUCCUGAAAGCGGAUCGACGAGUACUCAUCACUGCCGUCAUUAAUUUUAGUAUUAUCGUUACGAUCUUUAUUCUUACGAUUAACACUGUAAUUGAUAAUCAUUCAUAUCAAGUACGGCCAGUAGCCGGACGUUUGUGUAAAUAGCGAAAGCAAAACAGUGUGUUUGUACGAAUGCGUGAGAACUGAAUGAUCCACGAGCCGUUUUGGCGAAACCGCGAUCAACAACGUGGUGAAUUCUUACUGAAAGAUUCCGCGGACGAGUUACAACAUUCUCGGACGCUCUAUACCCCACGAAUAUUCUUUCUUUCUUCCUUUCUUUCGUGGCGGGGUAUCAAGCUUUGCUCGUGUCGCGACUUAAUCCGCGGGCAAAAUAAUAAUUUCGGCAGCAGCUUUCGAACGAAACCAGUUUCGCUAUCUUAAUAUGAGUGUUCGGGUAAAACGAAUUGCAAAGGAAAGCAGCGUGCCGAAGGACGUCAUACGUAAUCGUGAGUGUAUAUUUCGUGUAUACAACCCUAAUGUAUAUUAUUGUGGAUUAGAGAAUAAAACUCAAGUUCAAGAUAUCAGUAACGCAAACGAUAGCAUAUGAUCGUGUAAACCGUAAUGAUUAUUGUGCGCACAUAGACGUUAAGCUACUUUGUAAUAAUAUGACGCAAAAAAUGUACAUAAUUAUCAUAACUUGUAAGAUACACGAUUGGAUUCUAUCAUGUGAGAAGAAGAUCUUCCUACGUCAAAAAUAAAACAUCGCAUAUUAUUAAUAAA